GUAGAAAAUAAUUUCCUUCCUACUAGUUGCACUUGAAUCGUUCCGGACCCAUUACCGGUGCAAUCACAAUGUCUAACCGUGGUGGAAAGAACCGUGGUCGCAAUAAUUGGAACCACGGUGGUGGCGGAGGCCGCAAAUUUUACGAAGCUGGAAGCAAUAAUUACUCGGAACAUGACGAUCGAGUGGAUCGUGAUCGGAAGGUGACCGAUGUGAAGCGGCGAGUCAGUUUCAAGCCGUUCAGCGGAGGCAGACACAAGGGUGCGAAAAUUUCCGACAUUCAGAUUCGGGCACACCUGGAGGACGAUGAAGCGAUGGGUGGUGGUGGCAUGGGCGGCGAUGGAUUCGAUGGUGAUCGGCGGAAUUUCAACAAGGGGAAGGGUUUUAAUAAUGGAAGGCGAAGGGGAUCGCCGAUUCCGAGAGGUCCGAUGGGUGGUGGACAGUUCAGGAAGAAGCUUGUGGCUGGACCGACCAGUUGGUUCGAAGUUAAGAUCCCGUAUGGUCACAAGUACGAGAAGGAUUUUGUUCUGCGCUCGUUGGUGAGUGCCAUCAGUCCGUUGAUAUUCAUUCCACAAUAUUGGAAGGUGGAGGACACGGCGGUCAGUUUCUACAUUGAGGAUUUCCAAGCGGCGGAAGCACUACAGAAGAUUGAUCGCACAAUCGGGCUUCCGGAUGGCCGGAAGAUGAUUGUUAUUGUGCGGAACAGCAAUCCGCAGUUCCAGGUUAAUGAACAGCUGAAGGAACGCAUGAAACUGGCCAUGCAAAAGCGCUACAAUCCGGCAACUCGAGCGUUGAAUUUGGAAAAGUUCCACACUGAUCCGGAUUUGAGCGAUAUCUUUUGUGCACUGUUCCGGCCGCAGAUUAUGCUGGCCGCGUUCGAUGUGAUUAAGGACAACAUUCCCAAUUUGGAAGCGCUCAAUCUGAAUGACAACAAACUGCACAUGCUAGAUCACUUUAAGCAGCUGGCACAGAAGGUGCCCAAGCUGAAGAUUCUGUACAUGGCUAACAAUAAGAUCCCCUACGUUACAUCGUUGGACAGUCUUAAAGCGCUGUCUUUGGUGGAAAUCAACCUGGAGGGCAACCCGCUGAAGGACCGCAUCAAGGACCAGACGGUCUAUGUCAGUGAGGUUCGUAAGCGCCUGCCUAAGAUCAUCAAGCUGGACAACAUCGACCUCCCGCCGCCGAUCGGUUUCGACCUGCCGGAAGACGACCACAAACUGCCCUCGGCCAAGGCUUCCUUCCUGUGCGACACCGCCGGCGCCGGCAUUGUCCGUCAAUUCCUGGAACAGUACUUUAUCAUCUACGACUCGGACAACCGGCAACCGUUGCUGGAGGCGUACCACGAGCAUGCCAUGAUCUCAAUGACCGUCUUCAACAGCCCCAGCCAGGGAAGUCAACAGCGGUUGCAAAACUACCUGACGUACAACCGCAAUCUGAACUCCAAACGGGAUCUGGACACGAGGUGUCGAUAUCUGAAGAUGGGUCGGCUACCCGUGGUUUCGUUCCUGUCGGAGCUACCCAACACCAAGCACGACCCGCAGACUUUCGUCGUCGAUUUGACGUUGUUCACGCCCCAGCUCAUCCUGCUGACAGUGACGGGCGUCUUCAAAGAACGCAAAGUGGCCGUCAUCAACGAACCGUACCGGUCCUUCCAACGUUCGCUAGUGAUCGUCCCCUCCGGCAGUGGUUUCUGCAUUCGCAACGAAAUGAUCCACAUCAACAACACCACCCGGAUACAGGACGAAAAGGCUUUCAAAGAUCCGGCCUCGAAUGGAUUCCAAGCCUCGACUUCGACGGCAGUACCAGUACCAGCAGCAGUAGCAGCACCAAGCGUCCCACUUGGUGGCCCGGACGAUAACACCAAACUCCAGAUGGUCCAAACGAUGGCAGCCCACAGCAACAUGAACCUGGAGUGGAGCCGAAAGUGUCUGGAGGAAACGAACUGGGACUUUGAGCGAGCUGGGUUCGCAUUCGCCGAGCUGCAUAAACAGAACAGGAUACCACCGGAGGCGUUUGUCAAAAAUUGAGACCGGAACCAGGACGACGAGCACGACGACGACGCGGUGGAACCGCAGUGCGGAUUACAUGUUAAGAUUAGGUGGGAAGGGAAUGUUGCUUUUGGGGGAAGGGUUAAGCUUGAUGUACAAAGUGGACGGAAUGAAGAUGGGAAUAGAAUUCGGACUACGUUGCAUAUAACUAGAUCGUGUGGCGAUUUGGCGACUUUAUUUUCCGAAACGAGCUUAACCCUGCCCCCAAGACCGUCAUUAACUAUUUUGCGUGUUUAGGUGUAAGUUGCAAUCAGUUGCAAGAACAAAAUGCUGUAGCAGCUGAAAAAAGGUAUAUCAGCAGAUGAUCAUCGUGAUUGUUUCACAAUAGUAAUAAAAUAGAUUAAAUUAUUCCUAAAGUAAUCACUAUUUUUUAUUAAAAAAAUAUAUAUCAUGCAAGGAAUUAACAGCUGCCUAAUUUUAAACAAAAUGAAAUUAUAGAAAUAUUUAUGAUUUUCAGGAAAUACCCAAUACAAAUGUGCAGUGUAAUACAAAGAUUGAUUUGCACAGAUUUUAAAACUUUAUGUAAUGGAAAUACUUAACCAUGUGUCCUUUUGUUUAUUCUUAAGUGCUAUAAACUGUCGUACAUAUUACUUUACCUUUAAAGAAAUCGAUUGUGAGCUAGGAUUUAUUGAAUGUAUUUUAAUUUUUACUUAAAUUGACGAGCACAUCAUAAUCUCGAUUACAAAAACAAACAAAAGCAUCCCAAUAAAACGAGA